CUCUCUCUCUCUCUCUAGCCUACAGAUGAAGAAUCUACGCCUUUGAUGAGUUUAUAUAUGGUUUAGAGGGUUAGAGAACAACAAAGAGAAUUCAAAGUAGAUGGCAAAUUCAGCGUUUUCCGAUCAGAUUCCGUCGUCGUCUGUGUACGGUGGUGGUGGUGGUGGUGGUUUGUUUGACAUUCCUCAAGGAUACUCGUACUUGGACAUGUUGGGUUUCCAGCAGGACUACGGUGGUGCUUCUUCUCUUUUUGAUUUGCUUCAGCAGCCUUCUUCGGUGGUAGAGGCACCAGCACCGCCGGAGACUUCAGAGGUGGUCAACACUCCGACGACAAUUUCCUCAUCCCUAUCAUCUUCUUCAAACGACCAUCUGAAUGAUGUUGAUCAAGAGAAUAACAACACAAGAUCAGAUGAUGAUCAACAAAAAUCUGCUGAUAAACAGUUGAAAGCCAAAAAGAAAAACCCAAAGAAACAAAGGGAACCGAGAUUUGCGUUCAUGACAAAGACUGAAGUUGAUCACUUAGAUGAUGGAUAUAGAUGGAGAAAGUACGGCCAAAAAGCUGUCAAAAACAGCCCUUUUCCUAGACCAGUUCAAUCGAAUCCUACGUCAGACAAGAGUUGUUGCAAGCGUGUAUUGCCUCCAACUUAUAGCGUUAGCAGCAGUACGUGGAUUAGCCCAUGA